AUGCCACGCAUUAUUGAUAAUCUCAUUCAUUUCAAUGGUAAAGGUGAUGAGAGUACACCUGCAUUGUCAAAUAAAAUGGGUCUGGUGAAUUUAAGAGAUUUAGUCGAAUCUGCUGCACAUAAAUGGUACAAAGAUAAUGAAAAAGAUUCGACGAGAGCUAAAUGGGGAAAAACAUAUAAUUGGAAAGAACUUGUGAAAGAAAUUGAUUGGAGAUCAUUAAAAGUACGUCAUGAUCCAGUUAUUUAUACAGAUCUUGAAACACCCGGUACACCAAAAAAUCAUAUUUUAUUUCGUUCAACAUUUCUUAACGAUACAAAUCGUGAACAAGAAUAUAAUUUAAAAGCUGUACGACGUACUGUAUCAACAUGUUCAUUUUCAAUAUUCGAAGGUUAUACUACAGAACAGUGUGCAUCACUUGAACUCGAAGUUCCAUUACCGAAAUGUGUUCUUGAAGCAAGUACAGGUUUUCGUCGAGAAUAUACACUUGAACAAUCACGUGAUAAACAAGUUGAAGAAGAAUUAACAUGGUCAGUUGAAUCAAAUAUUAAAAUUCCUGGUAUGUCUCAAACAACAGCUGAACUCGUUGUUCAAGAAGAUGAAUAUUGUGGUACAUUUGAAAUUAAAUCAUAUUUUUUUGGUGAAAUACGUGUUAAAGUAUAUAAAGAUUCUCAAGAAAUUCUUAGUAUGGAUUUUGGUGAUCUUGAAGAUUUAUUUCCACGUGAGAAAGGUUUUCGAAAAGAUAAUCGUGGAAUUUAUCGUAUAACACGUGGUGAAUGUAAAGCACGCUUUGGUGUAUCACAAAAAGUUGAAUUACAUGCUAAACCUUUACCUGGACAAGAAUUAAUACCUCGUCCAAUACAACAACAUGAUUCACGUAAGAAUAGUUUAAAAGAUAAUCCAGCACCAUCAGCACCUGUAACGAUCCUUCGUGAACUUAUUGCUACAACAAAUUAA